AUGGAACGAUCAAUAUUUUAUAUAUUCAUUAUAUUUAUUUGGAUUUUUCAUAGUCCUGUAAAUUGCCAAAUUUGUACAACUGAUAUAUGUCAAAGAUGUUGCUAUCCAACAGAAGACGGUUGCGAAAAUAAUUUUAUUAGAACUUUUAGAGGCAAUUUUAACAGUGGUAGCACUUACUGCCAACAAUGUGAUUGCAAAAAUCCAAUUACUGGAUGUGGAUGGGUAGCUGAAAAAUAUGAAAAAAUAAAAUGUACUAGUUGUACUUUUAUUAAACAUGCCUCAUUAAAAAUCAAAUAUUUUGAUAUAUCUGGUUGUGGAUAUCAUUUGGAAAAUGGCAAGCUAGUAAAUGCUAGCUAA